AUGGCUCCGGUCGUGACCGCUGUUCCGUUGCCCGUUCCCAAGAUCAAACGCCCGCCCCCGCCCGGAAUUCAGACAAAUGGGGCUUCUUCCAUACAGUCGUCUCCCUCUCCGUCCGUAUCAACCAAGAAGCACCCAACCGCCAUUGCCAAGCAGCAACAAGGGUCGGGCCCUUCCGGCGUUAAUGGUACCAAUGGGUCUAAUAACAGGCCGGGCCUGGCUCGCUCGCGACGCGAAACCAUCAAUCAGAGCAUACCGCGUGGUCAGAAGAACCAUGCCGUUGUGCCAGUGUUCUUUGAGCCGCCCCCGGCAGUGGUCACCGACUCUUACAUUCUGAAGAAAUACGCUGGGAAUCCCCCGUCGUUAGUCGUUCACCUCCACCCCACACACUUCCGGUUCGACCUGCAAGAUGGAACCUUUUCAUACAAAUCACCAAUGAAGAUGUUCCUAGACCAUGUCAGGAGCCGGACUAUACCCCAUGAUUUGUUGGUGCACUUGAACGAUGCUGGCGUCCCCUUCUAUGACGGUUGCUUGAUCGUACAGAUCCACGAUCACAAAUCAGCAGUCGCCCAGUCAAAAAACGUCGUGCGGCCCAAGUCUAAAUCAAAUUCCGACACGCCCUCGUCAAUCCAUAACUAUACUCCCUACGUUACGCCAUCCUCCUGGGUGCCACAUCCCAAGGAGAACAUGAACACCGCAGAAGAUGGCCGCUUGAGCAUCGAAGGAAAGGCCACCAAUGGGGUUAGCAACGAUAAGGAGAAUAUGCCGGCUCCAUCGGCGGCUUCUGGUGGACAGAAGAGCAAUAUACCGCCCAAAGCCAAGGUCUGCACUGUUGUGCUCCACCCAACCGCCCAGAGUCUACAGAUGGACUUGAUGAUAAGAGUUUCAACACCCAGAGGGUCAGGCGGCGCUGAUUCCGCCAUGAACCCGCCGCCAACCCCCAUGUCAGCUGUUCCCCCAACACCGACGGCCGCUAGUAUGCCGCCUCCAGCGAAGAAGCAGAAGCGGGAGAGUAUGGAGCUAGAGGCGAGCAAUGUCUAUGAUGCAGAAUCGCAAAUCCUUCUGGCUACCACAGCUCCACUACACCUGGAAGUCACCAAGACUACGGAGGAAACCAUUGCUCUGCUGACGCGCAUGUCCGACCCCAAGCAUUCUGAUCCACCCCCCAAGCCCAAGACUCGGAAACGGACUGUGGCUGAGAGAGAGGCCGACAAGGCUUUGGCUACGGGCCAGGAGAAAUUCAUGCUCACUGGGGAUGAACGCCUUUCGUCGAGUGUUAAUGGUGCACAAGGUGCGACGGAUGUGGGGGACGGGAAUGGACAGUCUGGUGCUGCCGGUUUCGAAGCUCGAUUUGAGAAGUUCAACGUUCUUGCUGAAAUCCAGAGGGAACACGAUGAAAAGAAAGAGCAGGAGAAGCUUCGUAAUGCUGACAACGAGCGGAAACUCGCCCAGCAGAGACAAGUACAACAUCAGCAACAACAAGAGCAACAGGCCCUAUUGCAACAUCAGCAAGCCGAAGCAGAGAAGCAACGCCGCGAGCAGCAACAGGAGGCCCAGCGACAAGCGCACAUGCGGCGAGCGCAAGCGCAAGAAGCUCAAAGAGUUGCGCAUGCGCAUGCCCAGCAGCAGCAGCAGCAGCAGCAGCAGCAUGCGCAAGCCCAAGCAGCUCAGGCACAGGCGAAAGCUGCCGCGGCCCAAUCACCUCCUCAGAUGAACCAAAUGCCGCAGCCACAACACGGCCACCCUCCGCAGAAUGGACCCAUGGCAAACGGCCUUCCCAAUGGUGCCGCCCAUCGUUUCCCUCCGGGGGUAUCGCAGCCGCCGGUGUCUUCUCCCGUCGUGCGGCAAAACACGCCGCACAACAUGUCGAGUCCCAUGGUCGGCCACGUACCCAUGUCACAGACGAACUCGGGCAUGGGGGGAAGCCCGCCACGACCAUCGUCGGUGGUUCAGAACCACGCGCCGAUGUCGGCGCCUAUGGCCGUCAGUAUGUCAGCGAGGGGCAGUCAGCAGAGCCAUCCGUCUGGCACGCCUCGCAUGCCGAGUGCUACACCUCAAAUGUCACACGGUACCCCCGUCAGCCGGCCGAUGGCUACGCCCCGUAUGAGCCAAGCAAGCCCACCUCCAGCGAUGAUGGCUCAAAACUCCCAGAUGGGCCAGGCCAUGCUCAUGGGCAGCCAGAACAUGGGCCAGCACAAUCCUACUCCGCAGAUGAUGGCUGCCCACCUGGCGGCCCAGCAGCAGCGGCAGCGCAUCGCGCAGCAGCAGCAGCACCUCGCAGCGAUGCACUCGAACGGCAUGCAAAACCCACAGAUGCAUAACCAGAUGAUGCAGCAACAGCUACUACAACAGCAAUUUAUCAACAUGCAGAAUCCGAACUCGGGGAUGAGCGCGGCGCAGCGACAACAGAUCCACCAGCGGUAUCAGCAGUCAUUGGGCAACAUGCAGCAUCAGCACCAAAUGCAGGGCCAGAUGCCCGGGCAGCAACAUAUGGGCAACCCGAAUUUUGCAAACGGCAGUCAUGCGAACCACGCUCAAAUGCUUCAGAUGCAGCAGCACUUACAGAUGCAGCAGCAGAUGCGACAGCAACAGAUGCAACAACGCGGGCAGCAGCAACAGCAGCAAGGGGCCAACGCCAACAUGGUUGAAGCGCAAAUCCGCGUCCGACAGCAGCAGAUCUUUCACACCAACCUUGCGAAUUUCCUCCAAACUGGCGGCUAUGAUAGUGUUGGCAGCGUCCCGCUCGAACCACUCGAGAGGUUUAAACAGAACUGUCUGCAAACGGCUAGGGGAAUAAUGCACAAGGAGUUUAUGUUACAGCGGCAAAUGGCACAACAGGCACAGCAGCAAAACGCUAUGAACAUGGGAGGGGGAAUGCCGCAGGGAAUGUAG